AAAUUAUCAUCCCGAUGGUCGAGCAUUCGCUUCGAAGUAAGGAGUCGAAGCAUGGUGGCCAAGUUUUGAUACUUCUUAGCUGGCUUUUUCAAGACGAGUUUAUCUUUCAGUCUCUCAUGCGGGACCUUGUGAACAUCAUCUCCAGAAAAGAAGAUCGUUAUAUCGCGCUCGGUUGGUGUACUCUUGUGCGAGAGCUUGUGGAGUAUGAAAGCACAAUGACUCAGUAUUCAUUGAGUGGGUUAAGGGAGAAGUACAGUGCCAUGAUUGAGAUACUCUGUACAUGUAUUUCACAUCUUUCUGCUAUUGUAUCCAGAGGAAGCACUGUGAGUGAUGGUUAUGAACUGCCUUCUCGACUGUCAAUAUCUGCUGCUGAUUGUUGUUUGGCGAUUACCGAAGCAUUAACAAGAAAGGAUGAUAGCCUAAAAAACAAGAUAAGAAUAUCUGAUUUUAAUACAUCUAAGGAAGCAGUCCCUUCAUUGCCUGGUAUUGGUGAGAAGAAAGCAAAAGAGACUCAGACGAUCUCAAACAGAGGGAGGGAGACUUUGCUGUGGGAUCAGUUGCCAGAACUCAUCAAUCUAGUUCAAAGACUCCUUGCUUGGAGCAGAAAGAGUCGGCCUUUACAUGCUAGAGGAUUGGAAAGAGUCCUUAAGUGGUUGCAAGAUCUAAACGAACAUAAUGGCCGUUUGCGAGAAGAGGCAGACAUGGAAAUUCUCAAAGCUCGGGAACUUCUACUCUCAUCAUGUUGGAAGCAUUACAGUGUGCUCUUGCACCUAGAGGAACUCAACUUUUCACAGAAUUGUAGAGAACGGCUGGAGCAGUACUUGUCUGGUAUCCAGCUUUAUGCAGAGCGAAGCUCUUACAACCCUAGCAAACACAAGGAUGGGGCUGCAGAGACCAGAAACUUUUUCCUGAAUUGCCUAUGUCUUUUGUUGGGUCGUCUUGUUGGCAGGAGAUUUGAAAGCGUAAUGUCAGAAUAUGGCCUGCAAAUAUCGGAGGUUCUUAUAUCUCAGCUGAACUCCGGAGAUGAAGAUGUGAUAGAUCUGGUCGUUGGUAUAUUUAAGGGGACCAUAUUUAAGCUGAACUACUCUUCUGAAGGCAUUCUUAUUGACACAAGGCAGAUGGAUGCGGUGCUUCCAUUAUUGCUGCAGCUCCUUGACAAGAGGGAUGGAACAGCUCGAGCUGUUGUCAUACUUGUCGCAGAAUAUUGCUCUAUGAGUAUUGAUGGUGAGUGCCUUAAAGAGGUUCUGGAACGUCUCGCUUGUGGGAAUAAUCUCCAGCAGAGGAAUGCCCUUGAUGUUAUAUCAGAAAUUAUCCAAAUUUCACUGACGUCAGCUGAUGGAUUACCUCAUUUGGCAUGGCGAGAUAUCUCAAACUAUUUGCUAGGAUGUCUUGAGAGUGGAGAACCUGCAAUCUGCAGAGCAGCGACAAAUUUGCUCCCUAUGAUUGAGCCUUCAUAUGUGUUGCCUGCUCUAGUUCGUCUUCUCUAUUCUUCAGAUAUUGAAUUGCAAUUAUCUGUUAAAGAUGCAUUCAUUGGGGUCCUUAAAUAUCACAAUCAGGAACCUGAAGUAAUUAGUAUGCUGCUCGACUCUCUAAGCAACCUUAGCAAUAGCUUGGACUUUCCAAAAACCUCUGGAAUCACGGUUGAAGGCUCAAAGUUUGAUGCUGACAAAGUUCUCAAGCUGAUGACAGAGUGGUCUGAAAAUGUUCAGGACUGGAAAAUAAUGGCAGGGCCACUGAUUGACAAGCUUUUUACCGAGCCAUCAAAUGCCAUUGUUGUCAAGUUUUUGAGUUAUAUAAGCGAACACUUAGCAGAUGCUGCUGAUAUCAUUCUCAAUCGUGUCCUAAAAUGCAUGCAGGAACAGGAAGAGUUGGUGAGUGAAACCUCUCCGCAUGAGGACUCUGAGAUGCAAAAGUGUUUGUUUGAGCGCCUUUGCCCAUUGCUCAUAAUUAGGCUGCUUCCACUACGAGUUUUCAACAGUCUUAACUCAUCUAUCGUGUAUGGUCAACUUCACAACAAAGACAUUAAUCAUGAUGGCACAAGCACCAUCCAUGACAACUGUGUCACUGCUCUUCUCCUGAAGAGGGCAUUUUCCAAAUUUGAGUUUGAAGAUGUUCGGAAACUUGCAGCAGAGCUCUCUGGUCGUAUUCUUCCCACGGUGCUUUUUCCAUUAGUUUGCUUCCAAUUAGAAGAUUCUGCAGGCAUUCGGGAUGUGUCAAGGAUAAAGGCUGGUUUGUUUUCACUUUGUACAUCCCUCGUGGUACGAGGGAGGAAUAUAACAGUUACCUCCACGAUGAUCAGAAUUCGGAAAUUGUUGGAAGAAAUUCUGUCAUGGCCUUCUCUUGAUGGGGAUGAAGUUUCAAGAGCACAACAUGGGUGCAUCGACUGUCUAGCGCUUAUGAUCUGCACUGAAGUACAAUCAUCUUCUGGCUCAUUUGGUGACUCCAACACCUUGAAGAAGAAAAUCACGCUUGCUGCAGCUGAAGGCAUGACUGAUUUAGAGUCCACUCUCAGUUAUGUGAUCAGUCAAUUAGACAAUGAUGAUUCUUCAUCGACCUCUUUUGAAGCCCCACUCUCUCUGUCGUUUCGCUUGUGCAUGGCUAAUGUCCUCAUCAGUGCUUGUCAGAAGAUUGCUGAUUCAGGGAAGACGCAUUUGGCUCGAAAAACUAUUCCAGCUCUCAUCAGGUCUAGUGAGGUCAUAAAGGAUCGCGAGAUCAGGGCUGCAUGUCUUCAGGUUCUUUUCUCGGCAGUCUACCAUUUGAAAUCUGCGGUGAUUCCUUAUUCAUCAGAUCUUAUCAAGCUCUCCUUGAAGUUUCUCAGAGAAGGGUCAGAGAAGGAAAGAAUGGCUGGUGCAAAGCUACUGGCAGCACUCAUGGCCAGUGAAGACCCGAUUCUGGAGAGCAUAUCAGCCGGACUGCUUGAUGCAAGAUCCAUUCUUUCUACUCUGUCGAGGACAGAUCCCUUGCCCGAACUACGACAAGCUUGCCAAAAGCUUCUACUCUGCCUAACAUCUUCCUAACUAGCCGUCCCAGCUCUUCUUCCCAGUCAAACAUACAGAAGGGCAUAAAAACCCACCACCACCAUCGCCAGGAGCAGCAGAAGUAGAAGAAGGUGGUUGCAACCCCAUAGACUUCAACCACGAGCCCGCUAAAUGCCAACACCGCGGGUCACUGAGAAUGGCUAAUGAGAAGCAAU